AUGGCUUUGCGUUCAAGGAGCCGACAAUUCCAAAAUGUGGAUGUUUCAUUCCCAUCAGAUCAUAUUGUUCUGGUGACAAUCAACAGACCUCAAAAAUUGAACUGCAUCGAUAAAGCUACAAGCAGGCAUAUCCAAAGUAUUUGGGAGGAAUUUGAUGAAGAUGAAGAUCUCUGGGUCGGUAUCAUCACUGGCUCUGGGAGAGCGUUCUGUACGGGCGCAGAUCUACAGGGUAAGUCCAGGGAUCCUGCUGAGAAGCAGAUAUCCAUCACGCUACUAACCACGGUGAUGUUCGCAGAAUGGAACGACAUGAAUAAAGCUGGUGUUGUCAACGACAUGAGCGCACCUGGGCUUGCGGGCUUACCUCGACGAGAUGGUAAAAAGCCUAUCAUAGCUGCUGUGAACGGCAUAUGCAUGGGAGGAGGCUUUGAGAUGAUUGUGAAUUGCGAUCUUGUGAUAGCCUGCGCAUCAGCAGUGUUCUCUUUACCAGAAGUGAAACGGGGGAUCGUUCCGGUCGCUGGGUGUCUGCCACGACUCACACGGAUCAUCGGAUUGCAACGGACGACAGAUCUCGUCCUGACAGGAAGAAACGUGAGUGCAAAAACAUUACACGAAUGGGGCCUUAUUACACAAUUGGCAGAGUCGGCUGCCGAUGUCGCCAGGGUUGCGAUCCAGACUGCGGAAUUGAUGUGUAGCAACAGCCCCGACGCGUUGAUCGUUGCUCGGCGUGGCAUUCGCUUGAGCUGGGAAGCUGGCAGCGUGGAGGACGCUGUGUCAAAGUUAGCCGAUGAAUCCUACCCUCAACUGGUGCGAAGCCAUAAUUUCGCUGAGGGUAUUUUGGCAUUCGUGGAAAAGCGGCCCCCUGUCUACAGGAAUUCUAAGCUAUGA